UUCACACACACACACUCAGUCCAGUCAGUCCCAGGGGUCAGGCAUGUAGGUGCCGGAGUUCUACUCUUUAGCGGCAAACUUGGAGCAGCCUGGAUGGAGCGCUGCAGUGUGCUGGAUGGAGAACCUGUGGAAUGACAGCAUCCUUGUAUACACUGACUGUUUGUGACCCUGUUUUACCAUGGAAUUUGGACGAGCUUGGUCCAGAUAUCAGAGGACGGUGCUGAUCACCAUGAUGAUGUUCAAACUGGGUCUACUGUGCACAGCAGCAGCAGACAAGUGUUUGUCAUUUCCUUGCAACAAUAAUGCCACAUGUGUUGACCACCACGGUGACUAUGCGUGCCUGUGCCCCAAAGGACCGGUGUGGUACAUGGGCAAAAACUGCGAUGAGCUGUAUGACGCCUGUAUCAUGACGUCACCUUGCACCAACUGUACUAGCGAACCUGGCACAGACAAUUUUACCUGCCACUGCCCGGACGGCUUCACGGGGCUCAACUGCACCCUGGAUGUAGAUGAAUGUCAGAGCAACCCCUGCGAAGGUAUCCAUUCCAAUUGUGUCAACGGAGUCAAUGGCUAUUCCUGCCACUGCCCCCUGGGGUUGGGAGGGGAGGACUGCCAGGAUAAUGUGACCACUUGCUUAGAGGAAACAUGCCAGAAUGGUGGCACCUGUAUGGACAUCCCUGACGUUGGGCACAGGUGCCAGUGUGCAGCUGGGUACCAGGGGGUGAACUGUGAGGAGAACAUUGAUGAAUGCCAGUCUGAGCCCUGUCAGAAUGGAGCCAUCUGUAAAGACGGGGUUAACGCCUACCAGUGUUUCUGUGUGCCUGGAUUUCAAGGCUACCACUGUGACUUGGACAUCAACGAGUGUGCCUCCCAACCAUGUCAAAACAAUGGCACAUGCCUGGAUGAGUCGGAUCACUACAGGUGUGACUGCGUUCCAGGCUUCAAAGGGAUUAAUUGUGAGGUGGAGAUAGACGAGUGCGAGGUGCAUCCCUGCCAUAACGGCGCCACCUGCCGAGACCACGUUGCCACAUACACAUGUGAGUGUAUGGCCGGCUUCCAGGGCCAAGACUGUGAGGUCAACAUUGAUGAAUGUGCCAGCAUUCCCUGUUUGAAUCGGGGCAAGUGCAUAGACGGGGUCAACAGCUAUGAGUGUGACUGUGAAGGAACAGGCUUUGUAGGCGACCACUGUGAAGAGGAUAUUCCUGAGUGUGCCUCUGACCCCUGUCAGCAUGGGGCCACUUGUUCGGAGCUGAUCAACCAGUACGACUGCCUCUGCUGGCCAGGUUACGAGGGAGAAAACUGUCAGCUGGAUAUAGAUGAGUGUGAGCAGCAUCCCUGCAAGAACGGCGAGUGCUUCCAGCGCUCAGAUAUCGUGAACUACGGAAUGCUGCCUGAAUUCAGCAAAGCCAAUUUCAGCUACGAAGAGGCAGCUGGGUUCAUCUGUCGCUGUAUGCCAGGAUUCACUGGAGACAACUGCUCAGUCAAUGUGGACGAGUGUGAGUCUGCUCCGUGUCAGCACGGAGGAACCUGUGAGGAUCUGGUCAACUCUUAUCAAUGUGUGUGUCCAGACGGCUUCACAGGUGUACACUGUGAGGUGGACAUAAACGAGUGUGACAGCAAUCCCUGCCAGAAUGGCGCCACGUGCGAAGACGCUGCCAACUCCUAUAGGUGUCACUGCCUCGUGCCAGAGCCCGGCCAGGAGCCUUGGGGUGGGCGAGACUGUGAUGUCCGUCUGGUCGGCUGUCAACAGCACCAGUGUCAACACGAAGCAGGUUGCGUCCCAGUGCUGACCGAUGAUGGAGACCACGGUUACACCUGCCUGUGUCCGCCUGGCUGGACCGGAGAGCGCUGCAACACUUCCACCACCUUCUCCUUCAACUCAGAGGGCUACGUCCACAUGCUGCUGCCUGUUUCCCAAAACAGGACGAAACGAGAGACUAAAGACCAAGACAAUCACGGGCUCCACAUGCAGCUCCGAUUCAAGAGCACUCUGCCCGACAUGGUGCUGUACUAUCGGGGCACCAUGGAGCACUUUUUCUCCUUGGAGCUCGUUGGGGGCUCCCUUCAGGCCAGGGUGAAGUCAGGGAAGGUACUGCAGGUCAUUUACCCUGGCCGAGUCAAUGAUGGGGAAUGGCACCAGGCCACUGUGACCAUGGAUGAGAGGCUUGUUCUGGUUGUAAAAGGACCCGGCUGUGAGAAGGAGUGCCUGGUGAAAAAUGAGGGCUACAACCAUCUGAUCUUCCUCCAGCCUGGCUCCUUUCAACAGCUGUAUGUCGGAGGGGCACCGCGGGAAUAUUUAGCCCAUACGUCUAGUGGAAGUGGGUUCAUUGGCUGCAUGGAAGACCUUCAAGUUGACCACAAGGUGCUUCUGCCUCAGGACCUCAUCAGAGAGGAGAACCAGGGCUUGGAAAUAGGAUGCAGCAAAAAAGAUUGGUGUCAAGCAGACCCAUGCAUGCAACGUGGGAAGUGUGUGGACAUGUGGGUUCGUCCCAGCUGUCAGUGUCAUCGGCCCUACUAUGGAGAAAGCUGUGAGAAAGAGUAUCCGUCCUGGACCUUCGGCCAUGAAAACACCACCAGCUACAUCGGCUUCAACAUCUCAGAAACUCACGGAGAAAACUUCACUAUCUCUUUUUUAUUGCGCUCCCUCAAACACAACGGUCUGCUCCUGCAGCUCCACCGAGACGGAAAGCCUUACCUGACGAUCUAUCUGAAGGAGGGCACUGUUGCUAUUUACAGCCCUCACACCACACUGCUGUCAGAGGCCAAGUUCGUCACUGACGGCAACUACAAUUUAGUGACUGUAAAAGUACAGUAUGGCCAUGUGGUCUUCCCCAAAGCAGGGAAUCAUCGCGCCUUAGGGAACGUGAGCGUGGAGGCAGGGGAUGUGGCGUAUGUGGGAGGGCUCCCUGCAGGCAACAGCAUGAAUGCCUGGGGUGGAAAUGUCAAGGGCUGCCUGCAGGACAUUCGGCUGGACCACAAGCAUCUGACCACUGAUCAAGAUCAUCUAGAGGAGGUGGAAGUUUACCAGGCAAGCACAGAGGAGAAUGUGCUGCCAGGAUGCCAAAGUGAUGACACAUGCAAGGAUCAGCCCUGUUUCAACGGCGGACGGUGCCAGGUUACCUGGAACGACUUUGAGUGCAACUGUUCCAUGAAGUACUCCGGCAGACUGUGCGAGACACGUUUGUGGUGCGUCGACAACCCUUGUUUUCACGGAGUGCGCUGUGUGGACCUACAGGAUGGCUAUGAGUGUUUAACUGAAGCCAUUUUUCAGGACAACGCUCUUCAGUAUGUCGCCAACGGUUCUCUGCUGAGCCCUGUAACCAACUUCACCAUGGAUAUACGGACGCGGGACGACAACGGGAUCUUGUUGCGGGCCGUGAGCAGAUCCGAGGUCUUCUGCCUGGGUCUGCUCAACUCCUCCCUACUGGUCAAACUGGACAGCGGGUCGACUGCGGAGCUGCUGGCCUUCACGAGUGACAGGGCCAUCGCAGAUGGAGCGUGGCAUCGAAUCCAGUUGGCCAUGGUCAAUCCCACGCAGUUAGCGUCCCGCUGGCGCCUCACAGUCGAUGGGCAGAGAGUGGGCGGCAGCUUCGCCGUUGGCGGCAACCUCGACUUCCUCAAUGACACCAAAAUCGUGCUGGCUGAGACAUACACUGGAUGUUUAGGAGAAGUGAGAGUGGGUGGAGUCUACCUACCACUCAUAAAUGUACCAGACGCCCCUCAGAGGAGCCGGUUCUCCAGGUUGGGUGGGCACGAGCCAAUCAUAGGAUGCCGAGGUGCGCCGAUUUGCGAUUCCCAGCCCUGCCUCAACCAGGGUGAAUGUCAGGACCAGUUUAAUGAGUUUAACUGCAGCUGCAGCGCAGGAUGGGAGGGGGAACUGUGUGAGAUGGAGGUCAAUGAAUGUUCCACAAGUCCCUGUGUCCAAGGUACAUGUAAAGACCUUCUGGCAGACUACCAGUGCGACUGUGAGCCCGGAUACACGGGGAAAAACUGUCAGGACGAGGUGGAUAACUGUCAGGAGUUCAAGUGUGUGAAUGGAGGAACGUGCAUGGACAUGGUGGAAACUCACACGUGUUCAUGUCCUCGUGGCUACGUGGGCAAACGCUGCCAGUGGCGUUUCCCUCCGGUGGCAUGCGAUGCGAACACAGAGUGUCUUAAUGGAGGAGUUUGUAUAGGAGGUGACUCUGGAGGAAACUGCACCUGCAAGCCGGGAUACACUGGUGCCAGGUGUGAGACAGAAAUAGACGAGUGUGAGUCCAGCCCCUGUCUCAAUGGUGCCACCUGUCUGGACAGGCUCAACCACUUCCAGUGUGUGUGUGUGCUGGGUUUCAGCGGCACAGUGUGCGAGAGCAACAAAUUGGAGCAUAUGGAGCGAAUCCCCUGGCUGGUGGUGACCAUCCCCCUGAUCACCCUGUGUGUUUUACUGGGCAUCCUGGCGGUGUUUUGCCUCAUCAUAACAGCACGGAAGAAGCGUCAGUCAGAGGGCACUUACAGCCCCAGCUCACAGGAGGUGGCAGGCGCCAGGCUGGAGAUGGGCAGUGUCCUCAAAGUGCCCCCAGAGGAGAGGCUGAUCUGAGGCCCGCAGCCCUGUCUCACAGCUUCGCAUCCCGUUGAUGUAUUUAUGUAAAGGGCAGACAGAACAUAUGCUCCGCAGUGUCACGCUGAUGGGCCCUCCUGCCCUUACGAGGAAGCGAGCGAUGGAGGAUAAAUCAAUGACUGAUCCUCCACCUGGGAAAACUACUGACGUUGAAGUCUGACAGAUGGACAGGUAAAGACCACAGGCUGAGAAAGACAGUCUCCUGAUUACUCAGGCUGUCCUGUUGGGGAGAGUGUGGUCAAAGAAUGCUCUGACCAUGGACGUCCCCUUGAAAAGUUCUGUCUUGAGCUUGAUUCAUGUGGGACCAAAAUCCUGUGAGGACCACGUGUACUACAGAAAAGCCCCCAAAAGCUGUGGAUAUUAAAGAAUGUAUUCACACAGGCUGAAAACCACUGAAACUGAAACUGUCUGACUCCCUCCAUACAGUCACGUAAGGGCAAAUAAUUCAUCAUUUAUGGUUUAGCAAAGCAAAGCAUUCAAAACCUUCCUCUGCAGAUUCCACCGCUGAUUCUGUUUUGCAUGACCGAGGAAGAGGAAUGUGUAGAGAGGGAGAAGAAUACAUUUGAAACCAAUUCUGUCAAAUUACAGAGUUUAAAAUGGCAUAAUAUUAUAAAGGGCGGCCCUUUCUUCUUCAACAUACUCAUUGUAGUAGUACUACAUUACAUGUACAAGGGGGUGUCUGUUUUAUUGUGACAGACACUAAUUUAAAUCCUGGCUUUAUCUUGUUAGAGGUCCCUUGGUAAUGCUAAUCCUGCAUGACUUCAACUCUUAUGCCCUGAUUUCCACUUUUUUCCCUCUACGUCCACAGUAAAUGUGUUUCUUUUUUUGUCUGUUGGACAAUUGGAAGCAGCAGUUGCAAAAAUCCGUUGAAGAAGGAAUGUAUUUUUGAUUCGAACCUCAUGUUCUCCUUUGCUGAAUCAGAAAUUUUGAAUUUGUUCAAUACUGCCUUGAGCGCCGGUGAUUUCAGGAGUAAUUAUUGUCCCAUGGGAUAGGAGCAUUAUUGAGUUUAAGGCAGUGCUCUUCUACCACGUGUCUGCAGGUUUUCAUUUACUAAGUCACUGAGUCAUUUCUCUAAUAUCUAAGCUGCUGCAGACUGUGAAAGAUGCAGACAUUUCACACGACGGAACGUGAUUCGAUAAACCCCCAACUGACUAUGCGGAUGGACAUCACUGCAGCCUCUGCAGGAGUCAGAGACAGUUGAAGCUGUUGAAUAACUUAAUAUUUGCUGUAUUAUAUUGUCAAUGUGCACUGUACAGGCUAACCACUCUGCCCAUUCUUUGUCACUGUGUAAGUUCGCUGUGAAUGUCUUUGUGUUGUGUAUAUAAUGUUCUGCAAAAGUUCAAGUCACUGUAUUUUCCUUUUUGUAAUAUUUUCAAGGGGAACCGUAUUUAAUUGUAGGAAUCCUAUUGCUGCGGUCUAAGGUGUCACAUCAGUAUUUGUGGACAUACAUCACUUUCUUCAUGUGUCAGACAAAAAAGAGAAUUUUGCAAAGAAUGUCUACUUGAAUUGUCGCUUAUUUAAAGGAAUAAUUCAACAUUUUUGGAAUAUGUAUUCGCUUUACUUUCGAAGAGUGAGAUGGGAAGAUAUAAAGUCAAAGUGUGGAGCUAGGGGCAGGAUGUGGUUAGCCUAUCUUAGCAUAAAUACCGGAAGCAAGGGGAAAAAGCUAGCCUGACUCUGUCCAAAAUUCAAAAAUACACCCACCAACGCCUCUGAUGCUCACUGAUUAACAUGUUAUAUUUCAAUUUUUUAAUCCGUGCACAAACAGACAUGUAAAAAUGACAAUUACACUGCAAAAAAAGGAUUUUUAAGAAAGUAAAAAAAGCCUUGUUUCUAGGAAAUUUUUCUUAUUUUUUGCCUAAAAAGAAAUAAAAUCUUGACAAGCAAGUUUUGCAUUAGAAAAGUAAUCUAAUUUUAAGAAAAUAUAUCUAACUUUUUCUUAAUAAGAUAUUAAAAUCUUAAUUAAGGUGUAAAUUCUUAAAUUAAGUAAAACAAUCUUAAAGUCAGCUUAAUCAAGAAAGCACAACACUCAUUUUAAGUAAACAUUUCUUACAUAACAGUUUCUUUGCUUGGAAUAAGCAAAAUUCUGGCCUAUUUUUCUAGUUUUAAGACACAUUACAGUCUUAAAGUGUCUAGAUUUAUAGUCUAGUUUUAAGAAUUCUAGCCAAGCAAAAUUUGCUUACCCCAUUGGCAGAUUUUUUUGCUCAAAACAAGAAAUUUGUUGAAAUUUAAGAAUAUUUGGCUUAUUUCUAGUAGGGCUGUUUUUGCAGUGUAGUAAGUGUUGGGUGAGUUAACAAAGAAUGUAGGAGGGGUUACAUGCUGAAACUACUUGGCAAACAACAGCUUUGUGCAUUGCCAGGUUGCCAGGUUUGGUAUUAUCAUGCCAGUAGAGACCUAAACUAAAACCUGUCUUCACCGAUUGUUUCUGGGAACUCAAAAUAUCAAGUACAGCAGCUCAGCGUCUGAUACCAAGGCACCGAGGCACCCUUUAACAUCUGUUCUGUAUGAGAUGCACCAGGCUUUGAACUAACUCCAAUUUAAACCCAUCUGGUCAGAGCAACUGACGUAGCAUGAAGAGCGAGGAUGUCCACAUAGGGUUGGUGGGGGCCGGAGGUUGUACCAACCUGUUCUCAUUCCCGGGGCGUCAAAUAUCAACGAUUUGUCACGGCCAUCGACGUUCAAUACCAAUGCACAAAGGCACCCUUUAGCACCUGUGUGAGACAUCCAUUAACUACAAUGUAAACCCAUCCGUGGCAACAAUAAACCCUCUGCCCAGUGCGUUAAGUUUCACUUUCAUGUUACAAUCAGCUGUCCAUUCGUGUCCCGUGUUCACAACGUCCCAUGUGAAACCAAGUCAAUAUUGACUUAUUUGACUUUAGUUUUGUCAGAAAGGAAGCAAGUACAUAUAUUUCCCCAAAUGUUGAACUAUUUCUUUAAGUUGUCUCAUCAAUAAAACAUUGUCAAGUCACAAUUUUAUAUACUAUAAUCGCAUGCAGUUGCCUCAGACAAACCUGCAUUCUAGUUUUAGGAUAUUUCACAAAUACUUAUCAGACUGCCCAAGAAAACCUAAAAGUAAUGUAAAUAUUUCUUAAUUUGAGUUCAGAAUUCUUAAACUGAGAAUUAGUCCUUAAACUCUGAUGCCCUGUACUCACGUUUGUACUCCAGGAAGUCCCACUGCUCACUUGCCUUUCACUCGGUGCUCACUAGUGCUGUUAACUUUAUUAAACCACUUAACCGGGAUGCUUUUACAGGUAACUCAAGGUGCUGGUGUGAUAUUAGUUCAGACUGAUGCACUGUGCUGUACCAGUUUCAUGUUAAUGGAAAUCGAACAUUUGUGAAAGGGAAGUGACAUGCAAGUCACAGCUGAAUAUGAUUAAGAAAGACACUGGCCAUUACUAUUGAAUGUAGAGUUAUAUAUUAAAGGGGUGAUACGUAGGAUUUUGAUCAUGAUCUGUGGAGUUUUAGGUAAGGGUGGUAUCAAUGACAAACAACAGGUUUACUUUGACUUUAUUUCAUCUGACCUGGUACAACAGGCCCAAUAUUGCUGAAAUGUG